AUGCGGGCAGGACCCCUUUCGUUAUCCUUCGCUCCUGCAGGCAGCGCCUGGACCACAAAGGGUUACGCAAGGCACCCUGGAGUGACACCUCUGCCACCAGCCCGGGAGCUCAGCUCCUUCCUGGUCGGAUCGAAGGCUCGGGAGCCAGGAGCUGGUGGAGAGGAUCCCCAGGCCCAUCUCAAGAGUUUUAGCUUGGAGCCCGAUGCAGGAGUGAGGAAGGGGCCAGGGGCUGCGAAGAGGAGGUGGAGCUGGUCCGAGCCCCCCUGCCAGGCGGCUGCCACUGUCCCCCUCCCCAGCUGGUGGGUGCCCACCAUGGAGGAGAUGGUGAUCUGGGAGCAGCACACGGUGACGCUGAGCAAGGACCCUCAGCGGGGCUUUGGCUUCGCUGUCUCCGGAGGGCGGGACCAUCCCAGCAGGACGACCGGGGACACGGCGGUGUUUGUGUCGGACGUGGUGGCCGGGGGACCAGCGAUGGGCCGGCUCCAGCCCACGAAGCCCAUCACGUCAGUCCUGGUGAAGCAGAAGCAGAACGAAGAGUAUGGCGUGAAGCUGGGGAGUCAGCUCUUCAUCAAGCACAUAGUGGAGAGUGGACUGGCGGCCAAGGGCAGCUCCUUACAGGAGGGAGAUCUCAUCCUGAAGAUCAACGGGGUGGCCAGCCAGGACAUGUCCUUGGCUGAAACCCAGCAGCUCAUUGAGCGGACAGAGGGGAUCCUGACCCUGCUCAUCCUCCGGGACCACCGGCAGUUCCUGGUGAACAUCCCUGACGUGGACAGCCAGAGCGACAGCUCCCGGAUGGACGAUAUCUCCGACAUCGACUCCGAGCUGUCCCAUCCACCAUCCCCUGAUGCUUCCCCACAAUCUCCAGCUGCUGCCAGGAUGAAUUCACCACUGGAGAGCAGACGAUCGACCAGGGAGCCUGUGGCCGAGGUGACCAUGGCCGACGCUCGGGGACUGGACCCGCUGGAAGCUGUGGAGGGGGAUGACCACAGCCCCCACACUGCCCCCCGAGCUGCCCUCAGGGACGGGUACAGCGCCGACUCCAGGGUCGUGCGGUUCGUGAAGGCCAAGAGCGCGGGGCUGCGGCUGGCGGGUGGCAAUGACGUGGGCAUCUUCGUGUCCAGCGUGCAGGAGGGGAGCCCGGCCGACAGCCAGGGCGUCCGGGAGGGGGACCAGAUCCUCCAGGUGAAUGACACCAGUUUCCAGCACCUGACCCGUGAGGAGGCCGUGGAGCACCUCAUGGCCCUGCCUGUGGGUGAGGAGGUCACGCUGUGGACCCAGAGCAAGCCGGACAUUUACAGGAAGAUGAUCUCGUCCAACGUGGGCGACUCGUUCUACAUCCGGACGCACUUUGACUUUGAGAAGGACACGCCGUCGGGGCUCAGCUUCGUGCGCGGGGACGUGUUCCACGUGCUGGACACCAUGUACCGCGGCAGGCUGGGGAACUGGCUGGCUGUGCGCGUGGGCAGGGACCUGCAGGAGCAGGACAAGGGCAUCAUCCCCAACCAGAGCAGGGCCGAGCAGAUUGCCAGCCUGGAGUCAGUGCUGAAAACCACGUCUGGUGCCAACCCCUCCGGGGCACGGGCUGAGUUUUGGAAGCUGCGGGGCCUGAGGGGAGCCAAGAAGAUGCUGCGGAAGAGCCGGGAAGACCUGUCUGCCCUCACAAAGCAGGGUCGCUACCCACCGUACGAGAGGGUGGUCCUGAAGGAAGCCAGCUUCAAGCGGCCGGUGGUGAUCCUGGGCCCCAUCGCAGACAUUGCCAUGCAGAAGCUGAGCCGGGAGCUGCCUGAGCUGUUUGAAAUCGCUCCGAGCGUGCCCCGAGAUGGGGCAUCGUCCAAGGUCAUCAAGUUGGACUCGGUGCAGCAGAUUGCAGAAAAGGUGAGAGACCUUUCCCCUGUCCUUGGAGCCAGGCGGGGCCCGGGGGAGCCCAUGGCCUCUGUCCCUGUCCCCAGCGGGGCUGACGGCCCCUCAGGCUACCUGACCUGUGACAGCCACGCCAAUAGUGACUAUGAGGACACGGAUGGCGAGGCAGGUGCCUACACUGACGGCGAGGCAGAGGAUGCCUACGACCACCCCGGGCUGGCUCGCUCCUCUGAGCCAGCACAGCUGCCCCCAAGCCAUGGCCUGAGCUCUGAGCCAGCACAAGUGUCCCCAAGCCACGGCCUGAGCUCCUCUGAGCCAGCACAGGUGUCGCCAAGACAUGGCCAGAGUGACAAGGUGCCCAAGCAGCCACAGCAAGGCCAGCGCUACGACAGCAUCAGGGCAUACGAGCACGAGGCAGUGAGGAAGAGGUUCACACACGCCAGGGAUGACUCGGACCAGGAUGAAGGCUAUGAGUGGGGGCCAGCCACAGAUGUGUAGUGGCAUUGCUGGCCUGUCCCCGUGGGCCAGCCCCGCCACAGCCCUGUGCCACUGGCUCCAGGUAACAGUCCAGGUAGUGCCAGACUGGGCUGGGCCCAACCACAAAGUGCCUCUUUCCCUUUUGGCCACAGCUGCUGCUACUGAAAUAAAAGGGACAUUUG